AACCCUUCCUAUUUUGAUUUGGGCAGAGAGCUUGAGCCAUUUUCUCACUGGCUUUUUAGAAGCAAAACUCAAAAGCUUGUUCUAUUUCAAUAAAAAAAAAAACUCAUUUAAAGCAAACUGAUGAAUAAGUAAGUAAUCAAAGAAAUGAAACGGGCUCAAUUUUCCAUGAGGAGAGAGAGAAGGCGUUGUUUUUUUCCUAGAGAGAGAGAGUGCAGAGGAGGGGGAGGAGGAGAAGGGGGCGGUGGUUUGGCUCUUCUUCUCACAAAUUCCAUAUUCCUCUGAAGGAGAGAAGGACAACAAAACAGUAACGACAAAAACGAACCCCCCCUCGCAUUGUCCACGAACAAACAACUACUACAAGUCAUUCAUUCAAUUCCCCUUUUUCCUUUGUUUUGUAUUUUUUAUUAUCAUUUUGGAUGAGAAUUAAGGAGGAGAAGCUGCUGCUGCUCAACCGCUUGCUGCCUUUGCCUUCCCUCCCUUGCCCCUUGCGCCAAUUCUAAAGCCAACCCUUUUUCUCCGGAUUCAGGGAUCACGCCGCCUCACCCCUCCUCAACUUUACUAAUUAUCUUGGGGCUUUUUGUGGGUUUUCCUUCAAUUGAAAAGCCCAGCAAGGGACUCGUGAUUGCCGCGCCGCCUGGCGAGUUCCUCGAGGCCGAGGUUGCGAUUGCGGGGCUUGCUCUGUUUGCUGCCCGAUUGCCGCAGAUUGGAUAAGCGCCAAUGUUCAGAGAAGACGGAUCAUCAUCUGUAACUUCAUCGCCGCUUCAGGCUUUCCCCAUGGCAUCACUUUCGCCCGGCUUGGGAUCGCCAUAUCCCUGGCUCAGAGAACUCAAAUCCGAGGACCGGGGCCUCUAUCUGAUCCAUCUGUUGCUUGCUUGUGCAAAUCAGGUGGCCAAUGGAAACCUCGAGAAUGCGAAUGUAACCCUCGAUCAAAUCUCCCAGCUUGCCUCCCCUGAUGGAGAUACUAUGCAGCGCAUUGCCGCCUACUUUACUGAGGCGCUUGCCGAGAGGAUUCUGAAGAGUUGGCCUGGUCUUUACAAGGCCUUCCAUUCCACCAGGAUUUCUCUGGUGUCGGAUGAAAUUCUUGUCAGGAAGCUGUUCUUUGAGUGUUUUCCCUUCUUGAAAGUGGCCUUUGUGAUCACAAACCAGGCGAUUAUCGAGGCUAUGGAAGGGGAGAAGAUGGUUCAUAUAAUUGAUCUAAAUGCAACUGAGCCCGCACAGUGGCGUGCACUUCUUCAAGACUUGUGCGCUCGCCCUGAAGGCCCGCCCCAUUUGAGGAUUACAGGGGUUCAUCAACAGAGAGAGAUCUUGGAGCAAAUGGCUCAUAUAUUGACUGAGGAAGCUGAGAAGUUGGAUAUUCCGUUUCAAUUCAACCAAGUAGUUAGCAAAUUAGAGGAUCUCAACAUUGAAAAACUGCGUGUUAAAACUGGUGAAGCUCUAGCAAUUAGCUCGGUCCUCCAACUGCAUUCUCUUUUGGCAACUGACGAUGAACUCAGGAAGAAGUCCCCGCUCGCAUCAAAGAAUGCAAAUGCAGUUAAUUUGCAAGGAGCCAGAGCCAUGCAAACCAGUCAAGGCACUCUAGGGGAGUUGCUUGAGAAAGAUGUGGUUAAUGGGUACAGUCCAAGCCUGGACUCAGCUUCGUCCACCCCAACUUUAAACACUUCGGCCAAGAUGGAUAGCUUCCUUAGUGCCUUAUGGGGUAUGUGGCCGAAGGUCAUGGUCGUAACAGAGCAAGACUCAAACCAUAAUGGAUCUACUUUUAUGGAGAGGCUGUUGGAAUCCUUGUACUUCUAUGCAACAUUGUUUGAUUGUUUGGAAUCUACAUUUUCAAGAACAUCCCUGGAGAGACUGAAGGUGGAGAAGAUGCUAUUCGGGGAGGAAAUUAAAAACAUCGUAGCAUGUGAGGGAGCCGAGAGGAAGAAGAGGCAUGAAAAGCUCGACAGGUGGAUUCAGCGGCUUGAUUUGGCUGGCUUUGCAAACGUUCCUCUCAGCUACUAUGGCAUGCUGCAAGCGAGGAGGCUGCUGCAGAGCUAUAGUUGCGACGGGUACAGGAUCAAGGAAGAGAAUGGCUCUGUGGUGGUUUGUUGGCAAGACAGACCUCUUUUCUCAGUAUCAGCUUGGAGGUGUAGGAGGUAGAUUUUGUAUCAUUUACUGCUUUUAUAUUUUCUCUUCUUUUCUUUUUCACCCUUGACUUAGUAUGAAGAAUUUUGUUCGUUUGGAAGUCCAUCCUUUUGGCUUAAACUUAUGGGACUCUUGUGUGCCUGCCUAUACUUGCUGCAUUGUAAGUUCUUUGCUUCUUUUCAUGUC